AAAAUAAUUACUUAAAUCUGAAAAUAGAAAGCAAAUAUUUAUUAUUUCGGAAAUCUACAUUCCGAUCGGUUAAUAUUAUAAAACAAACAUGGCGGCAAGAGGAAUUUUAACUUCCAGGGUGUCUCCUGAUUAUCUUCACAGUAAUUCCACCAGUCACACCUGGGCAUUUUCAGCCAUUGCAGAAAUCAUAGACAAUGCCUAUGACCCGGACGUGAAUGCCUCAGAGUUAUGGAUCGACAAACGAGACAUCAAUGGAAAGGUGUGUCUGACCUUCACAGACAACGGGAAUGGAAUGAUCCCCGAGAAACUUCACAAAAUGCUCAGUUUUGGCUACUGUGAAAAGGUAGCUGUGGGAAACCAUCAACCCAUUGGUCACUACGGUAACGGCUUUAAGUCGGGCAGCAUGCGUCUGGGGAAGGAUGCCAUUGUUUUCAGUCGGCGAGCGGACGUGAUGAGUGUGGGACUUCUGUCUCAGACAUAUCUCAAGGCCAUCAAGGCAGAGACAGUACUAGUACCAAUCAUCUCAUGGAAUCUCCCCAAUAAAACCAGAAGGACUUCCCCAGAAACUAAAAAUAAUCUGUCAGCUAUAUGUUCUCACUCCAUCUUUAAAGAUGAGAAAGAACUACUGAGUGAGCUAGACUCCCUUGAGAAAUUCAGGACCGGGACAAGAAUCAUAAUUUACAAUCUCACAAAGAACAACAACUCUGGGAAUUUGGAGCUGGAUUUUCUCAGUGAUCCACUGGACAUCAGGAAUCCAGAGUCCCAUCUCAUCGACUACUCCACGAUUAACAGGACUAUCCAUGAUAAAAGUCCGGAGUAUAAAGUCUCCCUGAGGGCGUACUGCAGCAUUUUGUACUUGAAGCCGAGGAUGAAGAUUGUUCUGCGAGGGAAGAAGGUGAAAACAAAAAUGAUCAGUAAAAGUUUGUCUGAAACGGAGACCGACGUCUAUAAACCGACAUGGAUUAAUAAACCAAUAGUGAUUAAGUUUGGGUUUACGUCUAGUAAAAACCCAGAGGAUUAUGGGAUAAUGUUGUACCAUAAAAACCGACUGAUUCGGGCUUACGAAAAAGUAGGAUGUCAAAAGCAGGCUAACGAGCUUGGUGUGGGAAUUGUGGGUGUGGCUGAAGCUUUCUUCUUGACACCAACCCACAACAAACAGGACUUCAGCCGCGACGAAAAGUAUAAUGCCUUUAUGACAAAUGUGGGAAUCAAACUGAAUGAUUACUGGAAUGAGAAGAGAGGGGCCGCCAAUAACACAGCAUCCUCAUCAAAGAACAAAGUGCUAGCUCCUGAUUGGCUCUGGGCCCAGUGUGAUAACUGUUUACAGUGGAGGAGAUUACCUGGAGGCUUCAGACAGGAGGAUCUUCCUGACAAGUGGUACUGCCACAUGAACCCUGAUGCCGCCUUCAAUCGCUGUGAAAUUCCUGAAGAACCAGAGGACGAAGAUGAAGCUUUGAUGGGACCCAGCUACAAAAAGACAUUUAAAAAGCAGCAGUCUGAACUCAAGUUGAAAAUCAAGCUGCAGGAGAGACAGAAAGUGAUUCAACUUUCAGAGAAGGAAAAACAGCUCCAGAGAAAGGAAAUGGAAAUAAACCAACGCAAAAAAUCUGAAUCGUUCAGUCCUAUAGUGGAGAAGCUGAAGAAACUCGAAGAGAAGGCGGCCAAACAAGAGAAGAUGAUUGAGGCACUCCACAGGGAGAGGCUUCAACAGGAAGCCGCGAGUCGACAGAUGCUGGACGCCGCAGAGAAUCUUAAUCUUGUCAACCUGAGACAGAGUGAGCUCCUGGACAAAGUGGCCCGAGGAGCAGAUAUCAGGUCCUCAGCUUCCUCAGCCUCAAGGAAGAGGAAACAUUCCGGUAACAGUAUUUGUAUAAAGACGGAGGACGGGAGCGUGGUGGAGGUCAUACGUAACCCUGACCACGACGACAGAGUGGUGGAUCUAACCGAAGACUCGGACGAGGAGCGGGAGGGGGCUCCGACGUCCUCAAAACAGUCCAAAGGAGAGGAUCCAAAGUCUGCUCCCAAUAAGGGGGAUAACUCCAAAUCAUCCACAAAAACAAACAGUAGAGACAAUAAAGCCAGUGCUUCCAGUGACCAGGGAGAGGAUGUGAAGCCUAACAUUGAUAAACUGAAGGAGCAGAUCAACAAGUUGCGGACAUUUAAAGAGCGGGGGGUACAGACAGAGGAGAAGGGGGAAUCGAAGGAGGAGAAGAGUUACAAGGAACGCCUACACACCUUCCAGAAAAACGUCCACGAGCUGCUGAGGAGGAUUGAUCCCAGUAAAGAGUGGGGCGGACCCGAGAAAAUAGAGGGCGUUAUCGUGCAGAUGAUGAAACACAUCGAACCUAAUGGGGAGGAAAAUGACUCGGAUUGACGCGUAGAUGUUUGUGGAUGGGAGAGUGUGGAGACAGAUGCCUGAUCCAAACAGGGACUCGGAUUAAGCUUAGAUAAGGUGGAUCUAAGAUAUCUGUGUUACAACCAAUGGUGACUCAGAAUAAAGAUUCCCUGGUAGAUAAUACUAAGGACAGAAGAGGGGCAGUAGUUUGCUCUGCUGAUGAAACAGUCAAACUUAUUGGUUUAGAUACAUAUGCAAAUUGAACUUGUGGGUGAAAGAGAGAUGUACAUGCAUUAAGAAAACAUUAGGAGGAUUGAGAAAACUGAUACAUAUGAUCAAAUAUAAAUACCCAAGGGGAUUUUCAUUGUUUUUAAUCCUAUUCAUUGUUUUUAAUCCUAUUUUUUUAUUUACCAGAAUUUGGUUUAAGAUACAACUUUGAGAUUACUGUAGAAGUACUUUUUUUCGCAUGGUAUUAUUUUACGCUAUGUAAGCGGUCACAAAUUUUCCACGGAAAUUUGUCCAAGCGUACUUAAUAUUAAUGUAAGGCAUACAUGUAUAGUGACAGUUUAAGAAAUCCGCAUAAUUUUCUACCCGCGGAUUAAACAGAAAUUGUGAUUCUGCGGAAUUAUGACCCCGUGGAAUAAAGUACGUCUACAGUACUUAUAUUAAUAACUGCCGCACAAUUAGUACCAUUAUUAAAACUGACAGCGAGUCAGAUAUUCAUUUUUUUAAAAUGAUUUUAGCAAAAUUCCUUGUACAUAUGUAUAUAUAUAUAUAGUAGUACUGUAUGAAAUGUUAACAAUUUCUACUUGUGAGCAUAAAGGGGUGUAUCAGAUUUAUUUGUUGCCUUUUAAAUGUCAGAGUCGAGAACAGAUUUUACAAUGAUGUGAAGAACUGAAAAUAUAAUUCUCAGGGAGUCGAGAUACACAGUAUCCAAUAUACCUUGUAAGAAUGAGUGUAUUUUUUUAUGUUUUAUACAUUGUAUUACCAAUAUUCCAUUCAAUAACCCACAUAUAAAUUCUUCCCUUUUAUCAUAUAUACAGAAAAAUUUGUCUGCAUUUAUAGUUAUCUGCAACCUACAUUAAAAUUCCAGCAAGUACUUGAUGAAGUAAGCAGAUACAGUAAUAUUUACAGAAUUAUGAAAUGUGCUCACAUUUCCUACAAUUAUUGUUGACAGCCUCUUCAUCUUAAACUACUAAUGUGUGCACAUUCUUUUGUUUAAAUUACAAAACAUUGACUCUGAUUUGCUAUGUCUUGAAACAUUAUACUAUAGCAGUCCCAUUUUUAAGCAUGAAUUGUUAUUUUCAGUACAAGUAAUUGAGCUUGAGUUAUCUGAAAUGUGGUGUUACUUUUGUGUACUUGGAUCAUACCCCAAGAUAUAUGUACAUUUUCACAUCAUUUUAUUUUGUGGAGGUUUCAUUUUAUUUAAUACAAGUACCUUUAUAGCAAUGUAUUUUCAAUCAAAGAAAAUUUGCCUUUUUCUCCUUUAUAUCUUUCGUAGUGAAAGGAUUGUGCAUAAAUUUUCAUUCAAGGAAUUUGUACAAUAACAUAAUACUUAUAACUGAUGCAAAAACAGAAUCUUGCCAAUAUGUUUUCAUAAACUCAAUUUUUUUUGAGAGUUUAUUGUGUGUGUGUGAGAGAUAAAGAUUUAAUUUCUUGAGUUGAGCAUUGAGCAAGUUUUUUUAUGCAGUUUGGUCACAAUUUCUUUAUGCAUUUCAUUGGUGUAUUUGUAAAUUUAUAGAAGAAUGUUAUAUAUUUAGCAGUAUUCUUGACCAACUUACAUAUGGCAAAUUCUGUUUUGUUCGAUUCAAAUUAUUUUGAUAGAGCUACAUUUGUUUAAAAUUAUUUAAAGGAAACGAAAAUACUUAUUUGCAAGAGAAUUGUGCUAAAUAUUAUAAGGUUGACUAUAUUUCUAGUCAUAAAACAGCUUGUCACCCACAACAGAAUGUAGGUUAUUGGGAGAUUGUGCAUCUUUUUCAUCUCCAUCAUAAAAUAUUUAUUCUAGCUACCCCAGAAAAGCUAGUCAUGUGAUACCAUCUAGAUUUGUACUUGUUCCUCAAGUUCACAUAAAUACAUGUAUCCUUGUAUAGUCAGUCUUUAAUACAUGUUUUGUAUUUUGUAGGAAAUUUAGAAUGGUUUAGAAUCAUGAUAUAAUUGUAUGACCCCGCUUUAAUAAGUUUUAAAUACACCAAGCAUUUUUUGCUAACUUUUUGUUAAUUAAUGUAUUGCUGUACAUAAUAAUUUCAAGUUUAUAUGUUUGAAUAUAUGCAAACUUGAUUUGUAAAGAAAAUAUGAUAGUGAUACAGAGUGUAUAUCAUAAUAUUAAUAUAACUGUGGAAUCAUUUAAUGUCGUCGGGGUCAAAGGUCAUUAUUUAUGAAAUAUGGGCAAGCAAAAUUUAAAUCACUUCAUGAGGACUUAAUUUUGUGGCAAACAGAAAAUUCAAUUUGACAAAAAGGGGAUUUAAAUUUUUGGGUGACGAUGACCUACAAAAUCUUCUAACACUAAUCCCUGACAAGCGAUGAUUGCAUAGCAUCUGAGCUUAAAGAGUUCACUCUUAAUUUGGUUGAAGGUUUUGGUACUACAUGUAUAUUAUAAAGAUGUUAUUAUAAAAAUUACAUAUUUUCUAUUGUUUAGUGUUAAGAGAUCUUUGAAUACAGAUCCUCAAUGAAUUAUUAAAAUUUCUAACUCAGUUAAUGCAAGUUUGUCUAGAAUCAUCCAUUUUUUUUUUUGACUUCAGAUUAAUCAAAGAUGGUAGAAUUUUGGAUUGUCUGUUAUGUAUUACUUGUAUAUAUGUAUAUAUACACUGUACAGCACUGAGAUGAUGCACACUGAGAUGUGAAAUUUUAUUUUCAUUGUUACAAGCAUAUUAUAGAGUUGUUACAUGAUCAAUUAAAGCCUUUUAAUACCAAA